ACUACCACUACCCCAACAACAACCACCACUACCCCAACAACAACCACCACUACCACUACACCAACUACAACUACCACUACCCCAACGACAACAACCACUACCCCAACUACAACAACCACUACCCCAACUACAACUACCACUACCCCAACUACAACAACCACUACCCCAACUACAACAACCACUACCCCAACUACAACAACCACUACCCCAACUACAGCUACCACUACACCAACUACAACUACCACUAUCCCAACGACAACAACCACUACCCCAACUACAACAACCACUACCCCAACUACAACUACCACUACCCCAACAACAACCACCACUACCCCAACAACAACCACCACUACCCCAAUUACAACUACCACUAGCCCAACUACAACAACCACGACCCCAACAACAACCACCACUACCCCAACUAUCACUACCCCAACUACAACAACCACUACCCCAACGACAACAACAACUACCCCAACUACUACAACCACUACCCCAACAACCACUACCCAAACUACUACAACCACUACCCCAACUACAACAACC